UUUAACAUCAUGGAGAAGUCUGUGGAGCAGCUUGCCAGUCCUGCCCGCGAUCAACCACGUGCACGCCAACUGUUUGUGCACACCCUCACAGACCUGGGCGUCUCCUUUUUCGCCUUCAUCACAGCUCUCAUCCAGAUUCUGAUUCGCUUCCUCAACGCUGGUGCAACUGUGACACAGAACCGCGUUACCGCCAUCCUCCUAAACAUCAGCCUGCUGUGCGUGCUUGUGGCGAUUUUCAUCUGGGAGCCGGUGUCCCGUCUCUGGCGAACCAAUACCUGA